GCGCGCAACAUUGACGACCGAAAGCUUGAAAGACGGCGACGCCCUGCCGUGCGACUUUCUUCACUAGAGCCAACCCGAACCACAUUCGCAAGAAGUCCAGCGCCCUCACCCGUCGCCGAAGCUCUCAAGAUGGCGCGAAACUCGGAAAAGGCGCAGUCCAUGCUGUUUCGCUUUCGCGAAGCGCAAGCAGCGGACCUGGGCAUUAUCGACAUUGGCCGGACAAGACGACCUAGAGUGAUCACCGAAGUUGACUCGAUACCAUCAUGCGAGAAGUGGCGUGGCCAAGUGUUGAAGGAGAUCUCGCGCAAGGUCUCCAAGAUUCAAGACACCGCCCUCAGCGACUACCAGAUUCGCGACCUCAACGACGAAAUCAACAAGCUCAUGAGGGAAAAGUACAUGUGGGAGGUACAAAUACGGAAUCUCGGCGGGCCCAAUUACAUGCGUGGAGGCGGCAAGAUAUACGACGAAGAGGGACGAGAGAUACCAGGAGGCGGUAAAGGCUAUCGAUAUUUUGGACGCGCACGAGACCUGCCGGGAGUCAAAGAGCUUUUCGACGCAGCCAAGGCAAAGGCCACGAACGAUAAACCUCUAGAGACGAGGGACGACUUGCGAAAACAGGUCGAUGCAGCGUACUACGGCUACGCGCCAGACGAGGAAGACCCGGAGUUGCUGGCGUACGAGCUUGCAAAGGAGGAAGAGGCCCUCGCGCACAUGGCGAAGACUGGGAAGCAACAACUACCACCUGACUGGGAGGCUUUGCCGGGCGAUAUAGGCGAUGGAAAGGGCUGGGAGCUACCGACGCUGGAAGAGGUGCAGGAAGAGUUGAUCAACAGGCGGCGGCAGAAGCUCCUGGACCAAUUAUAGCAGCCAACCCGCGCGCUGCCUUUACGGUUACGAUGAGAACUGCAUUGAUCUUUUGGAGGGUCAUUGGUGUUUUUCGAGAGGUUGUGUCGCUGCUGUAUCAUAUUGCAAAGUUUGGGGUUCAGUCAUAGCCUGUGAUGACGGCUGGCGUUCUUGGAGGGGUUACGGCUAAUCGAAUACCAAAAAUGCUAUUUUUGUGAGCUCAAA